AUGAGAGGUACUCUUGGAUCUGUGAACCAGCUCUCAAUUACGAUUGGAAUAAUGCUGGCUUAUUUGUUAGGCCUUUUUGUCAAUUGGAGAAUUCUAGCAAUACUAGGAGUUUUUCCAUGUGGAAUACUAAUACCAGGGCUAUAUUUCGUUCCAGAAUCUCCUAGAUGGCUGGCCGAAAUGGGCAUGAUAGAAAAGUUUGAAGCCUCUUUACAAACUUUACGGGGACCCAACGUUGAUAUUACUAUGGAAGCACAAGAAAUCCAGGGUUCUCUGGUGUCGAAUAACAAAACAGAUACUCUACACUUUGGAGAUCUCAAGAGGAGGAGAUAUUGGUUUCCUUUAAUGGUAUGUAUUGGACUACUUGUGCUCCAGCAACUUACUGGUAUCAACGGUGUUUUUUUCUAUUCUAGUAAGAUAUUUGCAAGUGCAGGAAUAUCAUCCAGUGAUGUUGCUACAUUUGGACUUGGAGCUAUGCAGGUCGCAAUGACUGGAAUUGCUACUUCUUUAGUAGACAGAAGUGGAAGAAGGAUGCUUCUGAUACUAUCCUCCUCUAUAAUGACACUUAGCCUCCUCCUCGUAGCUACCGCAUUCUAUUUGGAGGGAGUGGUAUCAAAUGACUCUGACCUCCAUCAAAUAUUAGCAAUGCUCUCUGUUAUGGGGCUUGUGGCUUUGGUCAUUGGAUUUUCUCUAGGCAUUGGACCUAUCCCCUGGAUUAUAAUGUCUGAGAUACUUCCACUAAAUAUUAAAGGCCUUGCUGGAAGCGCAGCUACCUUUUUGAAUUGGUUCAUUGCAUCAGUAAUUACCAUGACUGCAAAUUUGCUCUUUAAUUGGAGCAGUGCAGGAACAUUCACAAUUUACGCCAUUUUUUCUGGCUUCACCGUUGUUUUUGCGAUACUUUGGGUUCCGGAGACCAAGGACAGAACAUUGGAAGAAAUUCAGGCAUCGUUUGUUAGAUAG